AUGGCAACGGCGACGCCUCCGCGGAGUGCAGGCACAACGCCGCCUCUGCAGCACAAUAAUGGCAAGGUGUCGUCGUGGCCAGAGAAGACGCUGGUGGAGGCACCAGAGUGUUUUGCAAAUGGGCAGUAUUUUGAUGUGCCGUGUACUCUGGGUAGCGAGGAUAGCGAUGCCCGCUCUAACAGCGCCGUAAGCAUCUGCAGCGGCGAUAAAUCCGGGGAACGGUGGUGCCGUGCACAGAGCAAUCGUAGGUGGAAAGCAUCGACGAGUAGCGAUACGGGGACACGCGACGAGGGCGCCGCAUACCCAGCAGCCGUCUCCUCCAUGUCUUCUUACUACUUCAGCGGACACAACAUGCUGACGGGGGCCACCCAUGAGCGCGCGGUGGAGCAGGGGCUCAUGGAAAAUCGCAAUGGCAUGAACGCGUGUCGGUCGUUCAGUAGCCAAGCGAGCGAGCGAACUGGCGACACGGCGGAGCAGUCUUCUCGGCCGUUCGGUUUACUGGGAGCCGCUUCACCAUCUGUGGUGCAACCGGUGACGAGGAUGGCGCGGGUCCGUGCAGCAGCGGUGGCGGCCUCUUCGCGAGCAAUGUCGUCGACCGAGCUCGAUGACCCCUAUCACGUUCUCUUCAUGCCAACUGCGGCAACCCUGUACUCAAGCUCGCGCGCCGGAAGCGACCGAGACAGCGUCGACGGUGAAAGCCGUUUCACUGCGCGGGCAUCACAGCAAGACAUGUACUGCAUGAACACGUCAAUCCUUACGAUGUCUACAGACGCGCCUGCCAGUCUCUCUACGCGUCAGCAGCGGGACGGCGCCGCUCCACGUGGUGGGUCCGCUUCCGUCACCUCGUCCUGUAAUCGGGUGUAUGUGCCAGGGAUCUUGGAGUACGGGGAGUGGAUGUUGACGGCGCGGCCAGCGACGAUGGAAACUCUCUGUGGGCAUUCGACCGGCGCUAAGGCGCUCGCCACCGACCAUGAGCGUCGCUCUGCUCGGUUUCCGAGCCCCGCUGCCAUUGACGCCAGAGUGGAGCCGUUGAUUCAGUCCUCGCCGACCACGGCGGUCUGUUUUCCACGCACGGCACCCCCCACGACAGUGUCGGAUGAACUUCAAGCAGGCCCAGUUGUGACCGCUAAGGCGCACAGUGUCCCCUCUGCCCGAGGUUCGCAGCUGUCACGCGGCGCUGCCGAUAGCGAGGCGUCCCCGGAGACGAAGGAUCGGCCGCCAGUGUCGGUGUACAAGAGCACUGCCGCGAUAGCACCACCGCCACCGCUGAGCACCUCCGCCAUCCCCGGCGUGUGUAUCACCAUGACGGACUUCACGGCUGACGUGAAGAGCCCGGCAAGGGGUGUCGUGAAUUACAGCACCGCUGUCGACGCCGCUGUCUGCCAACCGGUCGAGUCGCAGUCGCACCGCUGCUCCACUGGUUUCGCGAAGGCGAUCGCCGCAGGACAUCGUCGCCGCGUCUCGGACUGCGGGGCACCGUUUUUUGAAGCCUCAUUGUCGUUGCUGGCAGCACGCAAUGUUCUCCAGCACCAGCAGCCGUGCCCCUCUUACGCCAACGACGCCACGAAUUCUGGAGAGAGCAAAAUGCACACGGUUCCCCCUGUCAUCUCGAAUGGCUUCCUGGGCGGACACGGAUCGGCCUUCAUGACAACAGCAUCUGUGAGCACGUCUUCCGCGGCCCUGGUACCCGAUCACGCCCCUCUCCUGGCCUCCGGUGUGCAUCCUAUUCGCAAGGGCGUCGGUGCACCGUCGUGCGUACCCUCUUCUGUCGCCUCCACUGCUUCCACAGCGACGCCGCGACUGUUGUCACCUCAAGCCUUAGCGACCGCAGGGCAGCCUACUUCGACGGCGUGGGCCGCGCAACCGCCAGACGUGUCGCGUCGGGCUGGAAGCCACAGCCCAGCUACCACAGUGGGCGGCGCAACCUCCAGUACCGCCAGCACGCUCUCUGGUGACCUCAUCCCGAGCUCCUCUCCGAAGAGCGCCUGUGCACAAUCCGGCGCCUUGAAGCCACCCUCUAUUGGCCCCCAGCCGCUUUCCAACUCUAAUGGCGACACCUUGCUGAUUCUCAGCGGCGGGGUGAGGAAGUCGACCCACCCAUCGCAGACAGCACUCGCGGCUCGUGAGACGAGCGUGUCCGCUGCCGGUGGGCAGAGCAGGUCCGACGCGCAUGUCGCAACUUCAAAACUCACCGCCGCGACACCGACUGCCUCGGCUUCCACGAUAUCCACCCCUGCGAUGAGUACCCUCGCCUCCUCACGCGGCCUCUCCGACGAAGGGGGCGCCUCCCACGCUACCGAAGACACGUUUUGCCCCGCCUCCCAAACAAACAAGCGCGCCCCGCACCAACUACCGAAGCAGCGUCCGCUGAGCUCGCGCGUGGACGGCCAGACGUUGAGGCCGGUCAUUCCCGCGACAAUCACCCUUUCUUCACCGCAUGGGACAGCGUGGAAGGCGACACGGCCGCAAGAGGAGGCGCACGUCGACGGGGCUGCUGCAUCCCGGGACAGCAGAAAGGACGCGGUUUGUCCCACUCGCUCCCCAUGUGACUGGCGACGGCGCAUGGGCUUCAAGCAAAACAGGGAGAUUGUUUUACCUGACUCCAAGUCGCUGCGGGCGUCCAUGUCGCCGCUGCUUGAGUUUCGCAGCCUGACCAUGCGCGAACAAGGCAAGGAGAUGAUGCCGUCGACUGAGGAAGUAUCCACACACCUCGUGACGCGCUGGAAUGCGGUGUGCGUGCUGGUCGUCGUCGACGAGGACGCGGUGCGGAAGCCGUGCCUCGUCGUGAGUGGGCUCAGCGUGCGUGUGUACGAGGAGGACAAGUCAGUGACGCUGGCGAAUAGCAGAAUGGCUCAUGGCAUGAUGCGAGUACUGAAGAGGCGCGGUGGUGCGACUCAUUCUCGUUUUUUGUGCAGUGCCAGCUACGACGGCGACGAGGACUCAGACGACAGUGACGCCUUGGCGGUUGGUAUUCGCGGCGGCGUUGGCUUGAGCAAUCGCGCCACGAGCAGCGGCGGCGGCGGGCUGCCGUCCAACCUGAAGUCCUAUGUUUUGCUACCAGAUAAGAAGGUGCGCCGGAGCCAAUCUGGCGUGGGUGAUUCGGCCGACCCCUGCACUGUGGAGUUUGACAACUACUUGCACAAGUUUGAUGUAGACGAGACUCUCAGCCGCCUCGCUGGCAGGAAGGACUGUCACUCCGUGACGCUGGACCAGCUGGUGCAGACGUGGGUGACGGGGCAUAACACCUGCCUCCUGCUAGGCAACGGCAACGGCCGCAGCACGCAGUCCCUUGACGUGGUUGUGGGGGCGGUGGAGAGCGCCAUGAGCGUACUGCGCGAGCGACUCACUGACCCGGCCAGCCGUGUCGAGCUGCACAUUUCCAUGGGCGAAGUCUCUGAUGACAACGACAACGGUGGCACGAUGGUGCUAGACCUGCUGACAUCCUCCUCGGACAACGACGAUGACGACAGCGACGACGACGAGCAGGAUAAUGGCGCGAGGUGGCGGCGCAAGGAGGCACCGCGGGCCUCACAGAAGAGCGGCGCAACCCGCCCCCCAGUGCAGCUGGCGCGCAGUCCGCUCCUUGGCACCUUUGUGAAGGGGCUCCGCUCCGUGAAAAUCGACGACGCCACCACCGCCACAGACGCCAUUGGCCGCGCCUUGACGCUGGGGUUUAUGCGGCGCAACAUGUCUACCCAUUCUUCCCGGAACAACAGCAUGUCGACUCUGUCCAGUCUCAGCAGCGCCGCGCUGAACAAGGUAUGCAUCAGCUUCGCUACCCUGGGUCUGAAAACUAUUUGCCGAGGUGCAGACAUGCGCAGCGCGCGGCUGAGCGCACGCGAGAGCGCAACGAGCAAGAAGAAGUUUGGCGGUCAGGAGCGGCACAGUCACUCCGUGGAGUACCGUGCGGACGUGCUUGUGUCCUCGCUUCUGCUCGUCUACUUCGGAACCGAGCACCAUGUGCUCGACACCCUCGUGCAGCACAGCCAGGCGUAUCGAACGACAGCGCGCGAGGAGGAGGAAGGCAUCGUGCAUCCGAACGCACCGUUGCGGGCUGAGAAACCUGAUUUCCAUCCCGCUAGCUGGCCGAACGCAGUCGGGUUUCUUCAGUCGCUUCUGUGUGACGCGCUGGGGGGCCGCACCCGCACCAUGGUGUGUCUCUGCUUGUCUGAGUACGACUCGCGCGCCACACUCUGGCUGCGAGCGGUGAGCCGGGCGAGACGCAUCAUCAAUGUGACACCGAACUGCGGCAACAUGCGCAACUACCUGCUCUACCUCCUGGAGCAGUACGACAACCUGGCAGCACUGCAAAGUCGUCGAAAGCAGGAUGCACGGCUGUUUCUACCGGCGCUGGGCACUCAGGCCAAUUCUAAGCACCACAAGCGCAGCCGCCUUCCCGUCGUAUCUUCCAACAGGGAGUUUGAUCAAUGGUCGGUCUAUUGCAUCAAGAAGAUGAUCGCUGAGCUCGACGCGUUCCUUGCCACCUCGACGGGUGACACACCUUUGCUUGAGCGGCUGGAGAUUGCGAACGAGAUCAUUGCAACUACGCAGUCGGAUUCUCUUUCAAACCCUCCCCUGGCCUUCUUUUCGCGGAACUCCUGA